AUGCGCUGUACCAGGCCGCAUGGUGUUUCAUUUGCUACGAUUUUCAAGAUAUCGCGAUACAUGUAUAAACGUAAUACACUACUCAUAGUCGUCCGGAAACCAGCUGAAUCUCUCGCCUGUGAUGUUUCCAGGCAACUGAAUGCGCUGUACCAGGCCGCAUGGUGUUUCAUUUGCUACGAUUUUCAAGAUAUCGCGAUACAUGCACUGGGCACUGGAGCGGGUCAGCAGCAGAUACCACAGAUUGGCGAACCAGCAGAUAUAACACAUGGUGACUUGGACCUACAGCUUCAUGGUGAAAGGAAGAAGGCCUUCGCUGCGGAGUUAUUUAUUGGAAAUUGCCAACUGACCAGCUACAGACUAUUAGACAAGGAAGCAAAACUCUCAUUUGAAUCUUAUUUACAAAAACUGGACAUGCACCUUUUCCUGAACGGGACUUCUUGA